AGGGCACAGGGAACAAGAUGACUCCCCAGCCUCCCCCCCGCUGCCAUUACUCAUCGCAGCAGUGCACUACUAUAGUGCACUGCUGAGCUGGAAAAGAAGAGGCAGCCGUAGGUCCGAAAAGGGGGCGGGGCUACACGGCACUGUCCUGUACACAGUGCCAGGCCAGCCAGCAGCAUCAUUGGGAGAGCUCACUAUCCAGGACAAGGAGCAGAAGAGCCUAAGUAGUUACCCUGGCGGCUGCCAUGACUCAUUCAUCCUCAGUCAGUCAUCCCUCUUUGAUAAAUUUGAGGCUGGAGAAAUGCCGGAUGGAUGGCUGCUGGGUGAUGGGGGUUAUGGCUGCUACUCUUGGCUUCUCACUCCAUUGUCCGUCCCUGAUUCCCCUGCUGAACACAAUUACAAUCAUGCACAUAAGUCUACGCGGGAUGUGAUAGAACGAUGUUUUGGUGUACUGAAAUCAAGGUUUCGGUGUCUGGAUAAGUCUGCCGGGCUUUUGUUGUAUAGUCCCUUAAAGACAGCUGAGGGGAAUGUGGUCCUGGUGUUUGAGUACUCUCCAAAAUGUGUUCUGGCGGCUGAGGCAACACAGUUGAAAUACAACGUGGGGGUGGGCUUAAUGCUGGUGUUGAUGCAACAUCAGGACGACGUCUCUUGGUAGGCCUGCUCGUUUGGCUGCCAGACCCCUGUGAAGGACGUCUUUGUGGACUGUGAUGCGAUGUUGAAGUUCCUAUGGAUUAAUGCAAACAUUAGAUUGUUUGUAAAUUUUGUGUUGGGCACAUUAACUGGUGUCAAUUUUGCGUUACCUGUAUCGCCAGCAUCCACAACUCUUGACAGUGUUGCUUGUGUUCUGGAAGUGGUGGCUUGCUUUCGUACUGUAAAAAUGAUAAGUUGGUGUUUAUGACCUUUAAUUACAGUGUGUACUUUUGUAAGCAGCAACAUUUAGUGAUGUGUCCAUAUGAUUACCAUUAUGAGUACACUUUCUAUCAAUAAAUUAUUU